AUGUCUUCCACAAGUGAAAUGGAAGAGGUUCUAGCACCCUACCUCAGUGCUGAGAGUAUUCUCACUGAAACAAUCUCUACUCUCUCUAUGCUAUUCUUCAUAUAUGGAAUCUACUGUUUUAUAUUUGGGGUAUCAAUUUAUGUGCUCUUUAAUUCUGUCCACAGGCUAUAUAAAGUGGGCAAUAUAGCUCUCUUUGUACUAGCAACUAUCUUCACUUCUGUCUACACUUGGGGAUUAUCUCAGCAAGCUUUCAUAGGGUUCCAUGCUGCAACAACAAAGGAUUACACUUUAUUGAUCAAGUAUCUCAAUAAGGAUGACACAGAAGCUGCUUGGGGUGGAACUACUAACCUCAUUUCAACUCUUAUGAAUAAUCUCAGCUCAAUAGCUGACACAAUGCUUAUUCAUCGCUGCUAUCUUAUUUUCAAUUCAAACAAACUUGUUCUGUUUCCACUUGUAGUGGCUGCAUGUAUUCUGAAUGGCAUUGAUCUUGGGUGUAUCAUUGUUAUCAUAAUUGGAUUUGGCAGCUCAUCAAAACCUGGAAAUCAUUACCUUGUAUUUAAAGCAAGCUCCAUUGACAAUGGGGUAGCAAUAGGAAUAGUUGUUUUUCAAAUUAUAUUGGCAUCCUUGACUGGAGGCCGCAUUUGGUGGAUUACUCGUCAAGCAAGGCAACUUAUGGGAGGGUCAACACGCACAAGAUAUAAUGAUAUUGUAGCUAUCAUUGUUGAGUCUGGAUUGCUAUAUGCAGGCUCCUUGUUGACUACAGUAUUGAUUGUGCUUGUAUUUGAUUCCCAAGCAAAAGGUCUUGCGCCAUUUGAUUUCAUAGUUGUCGCCAUCUCAAUGUCUGGUCUUGCUCCUACAAUGAUUAUUGUUCGGGUGGCAUAUAGAAAAUCUGUGGAAAGUGUUCAGCAGACAAUAUCAACAUUCCACAUUGUGAAUGCCCAGACUGGCUCAAGACAAGCAACUAAUGACUUCCAGCUACAAACUCAGCCUGGCAUUACUGUCAAUGACUCCCAAGGAGUAGAGGAGAGAUCAGCUAUUCUAACAGUUGAGAAGGUCUAG